GGAAAGGAGCUUUUGAGCGGUCUGAGAAAAGGGCAGAAAAGGGUUUCUGCCAGUGAGCAGGCAUCAUUACUUUCUCGGCUUGGGAGGGAUCGGGUUACAGCAUUUGUACAGAAACCUCAUCCAACCUCCUCCUCUCCGAGGGUCUCUGCUAAAUCUGGGUGUUCUGCCUCUCUGGGGUCUUGCCUAGCGCUUGGCGUUCUCUCCAAAGACCUCUUAGUCCAUCAUCCUGGGCCAAGGGCAGCUUGGGUUUAUGGUGGAUACAUAGCUGGGCAGAGAGAGCGCAAGCCUGCCUUUUAUAGUCGCUGAUGAGCCUCCAUGCAUUCCUAACUCUGAACCCUCCUCUAAUUCUGAACAGAGCAGCAGCUUUCCUCCCUCCCUCCCUCCUUCCCUCCCAAACCGUUUCCUGCAAGGAAAUAGCAGCUUGGCUUGCUGAGUGUGUCGCGACCACUGCUGCCUUUCGCAGACACCGGCAUGAACAUGAAAGCCGUGGUUGUUAUCCUGGUAUUGGCUCUGGCUACCAUUUUUGCUUUAGUUUGUGUCUUGAUGACCAGAAAGGAAAAAGUCGUUAGGUGUGGCGUCUCAGGGCUCCAGAAUUCUCCCGAAGGCACCAACCGAGAUCCGAGCGAGAUCUUUGCUGACCUGUCAGCCGCUGAGAUGGUCCAAGUGGUGAAAUACCUCAAGGAGAAUCUUGGCGUCCGCCUGGAAGAUGCAUCCCGGGCAAAGCCCUCCGAUAACUGCAUUUACUACUUGGAUACGUACUUCCCCUCUAAAGAAGUGGCUCUGGGCUUCCUGGACCAUGGAAGGGCUCAGCCCCACCGGGAGGCCUUGGCUGUGGUGUACUUUGGGAACCAGCCAGAUCCAAAUGUCACCGAAUUCGUAGUAGGCCCUCUUCCGAACCCAAUGGGCCACCGUGACAUCACGCUGAAGAAAUUUGGCAGGAAGGUGCCGUAUCACAGCAGGCCGGUGACGGUGAAGGAGUACAAAGAUAUUGACAUCUUCAUUUUCCGGGAGCUCGAGGCGGCCAACAACUUCCUCAGAGAAUGUUGUGAGUAUAAUAGGAGUAACCUGGCUACUCUGACCACAGCUCCCCGAGGGUUUGAAUCUGGUGACCGAGCCACCUGGUUUGUCCUGUUCCACAAUGUCAACGGCAGCGGGUACUACAUCCACCCCAUUGGCUUGGAGGUGUUGGUGGACCACCGGAGUCUGAACAUCUCUGAGUGGAAGGUGAAGAAAGUGUUCUACAACGGCCAGUAUUAUGAGAAUAUGGCCCACCUGGAGAAGGAGUUUAGAGAUGGGCGUGUGAAGGAGGUCAGAGUGAAGGCAGCCCACCUGAAGAAUGAUUUUACUUCCAGGAAGCCUUCGGAAUCUUCUCCUCAUCCAGGACCUUUGCAAUUUGAGCCCCUCGGGAUGCGCUACACCGUAGCCGGCAGCCAUGUUGUCUACCGGUCUUGGAGUUUUGCCUUUGGGAUGAACGUGAACGCAGGGCCACGCCUCUUCAACAUCAGAUUUGGCGAGGAAAGGAUUGUCUACGAGUUGAGUCUGCAAGAAGCUCUUGCUACUUAUGGCUCCAACUGCCCCGGGGGAAUGGUGACUAGGUACAUGGACGGGACCCUUGGCAUUGGGAAAUUUUCUUACGAGUUGGUUCGGGGAGUGGACUGCCCCUAUACAGCCACCUACGUGGACCGCCACUACUUGAUAGACUCUGACACCCCGAGACUGAACAAGAACUCUUUCUGCAUCUUUGAGCAUGACAUGGGUGUGCCUCUCCGGCGACAUUUUUCUGACAUGGGCUCCUUCUAUUACGGGGGGUUGAACAACUACGCUUUGGUCUUGAGGGCCAUCUCCACUCUCAUCAACUACGACUACGUCUGGGAUUUUGUGUUCUACCAAAAUGGUGCUAUAGAAGUCAAGGUCCACGCCACGGGAUACAUCAGCACAUCGUUCCUCACGGAAGGUGGCACUGCCUUUGGAAACAGGGUCGGGGAGCACACACUUGGGACCAUGCACAACCAUCUCAUGAACUACAAAGUCGACUUGGAUGUUGGAGGGAUCAAGAACUCCCUGGUGGCUCUUGAUAUGGCGUUUGAGUCCGUGGCGGCCCCUUGGAGCCCAGAGCACCAGAUCCAACGGCCCGUUCUCACAACCCGGACCCUGGACAAGGAAGAAGACGCUGCCUUUCCGCUGGACGGCAAAGUCCCCCGGUACCUGCACUUUGCCACCAGCCGGGAAAACCAAUGGAACCAUCAGCGAAGCUACCGCAUCCAGAUCACCAGCUUCGCUGGAGAACACUUGCCUGAAGCUAGCACCAUGGAGAGGUCCAUUAGCUGGGGCAGGUACAAGGUGGCUGUUACCAAGCGGAAAGAGGAGGAGCUGAUCAGCACGUGCAUUUAUAAUCAGAAUGAUCCUUGGGAUCCACUGGUGGUCUUUGCUGAUUUCAUAGACAACGAGACCAUCGUCAACGAGGACCUUGUGGCUUGGAUCUCCACUGGCUUCUUUCAUGUGCCGCACGCUGAGGACAUCCCCAACACCGUGACGGUUGGCAACGGGGUGGGCUUCAUCCUUCGGCCUUACAACUUCUUCAACGAUGAUCCCUCCAGCAGGUCCCCGGACGGCGUCUACUUCACAAUGGACCAAGAUGCUAGCCAAUGCGACGUCAACCCAGUCGCUUGCUUGCAGGAGACAGCUUCGUGUUCCCCCAACCUACCUCCGUUCACCUUCAGUGGCUUCCAGAACUUUACAAGUCCUUGACAAGAAGAAAGACUUUGCAUUCCCCACCCCGCCCCAUCUCAGUUUGCCCAAACAUGCCUGUUUCAGCUGAAUAACGACACUGUGGAGCCCCAGCAACGUCUGACCUAAAUACUGCCUGCUCUCCA